AUGAUAAGGAACAAACCGAUUCUUUUCCCUGGUCGAACCCUGACUGGCGGUGUUCAAUAUAUCAACCUACACGAGUCUGUCGAUUGGAUUAGGAACACGAGAUAUGUAUCACACAUUGCCAGCCAUCGUCCUAGACGAUCCUAUGUCCCGAAUUCAAAUCUUCUUUCGAUAAGGAGAUCACACGUGGAAGUACGGACACCUACUCUUGAACGCAGCAAGAAAGAAAAUCCGCUUUCUAUCCUACCUCUCAGUUCCGUUAUCAGAUCAUUGUUAGUUACGACGGUUUCUUCUUCUCCAGUCUUGCUGUCACCAUGCAUGCGGUUGUUGUCAUUUUUGGCCGGUUCAAAAUCAGCUUUGCUGGACCCCGACAGAAAUUCUCUCUUGAGAUAUAUUCUCUCAAAGACAGUCUAUACCCAAUUUUGUGCUGGUGGGACUCCGCAGGAAGUCAAGGCAUAUAUCCAGAACCUGAAGAGCAGGGGUUACACAGGAGUUAUUCUCGGAUAUGCAAAAGAGGUUGUGAUGGAUGAAGAUGAAACAAGUGUCAGUGGGGUGUCUAUAACAGGAAGGAUUGAAGAUGCUGCCGAGGAGCAAAAGAAUGUACGGGAGAUCCUUGAAUGGAAAAACGGAACCAUGAAAACUGUCGAACUGGCAGAUGAAGGUGAUUUUGUGGCUUUGAAGUUCACAGGUGCUGGUAAGCAAGCCUUGCAGCAUUUGCUCCGCAAGCUACCUCCUUCACCCCAGCUGGAAAAGGCCAUCAUCGAGAUAUGCGACACGGCGAAGCGGCGUAAUGUCAGGUUACUGUUUGAUGCCGAACAGCAGGCGCUGCAACACGCAAUUGACGAAUGGACACUCGAGUUCCAACGUAGAUACAACAAAAAGGAGGAGCCGCGUGCGUUGAUAUACGGAACUUAUCAGGCAUAUCUGCUCUCGACGCCAGCAGUCCUUGGCCGUCACCUGGAAGCGGCGCAAAGAGAAGGGUUUAUCCUAGGUGUGAAACUCGUCAGAGGUGCAUAUAUAGGCAGCGAUCCAAGGCAUCUAAUAUGUCGGACAAAGGAAGAGACGGACAGACAAUACGAUGGUAUCGCAAACUCAUUGAUCACGAGAAGGUAUGGUGAAAUCCUUCGUGCGCCUGCAGAAUUAUCGACAACCGGUGCCAACCAAGGACCAUUUCCGUUCCCUCGUGCGGACCUCAUCCUUGCAACUCAUAACCGCGCCUCAGUCAAGAAAGCAAGAGCUAUCCGUGAUCAACAAGUCCGCGAAGGCCAACCUUUGAUUGAGAUGGGAUAUGGCCAACUGCAGGGAAUGGCAGAUGACAUCAGCUGCGAACUUGUCGAAGAAGGGAAAGAAGCGCGCGAGAGCCAUGUCCUAGAUGGGGAAGUUCCAAGGGUGUAUAAGUAUCUCGUCUGGGGUACUGUUGGGGAAUGCAUGGAGUACCUGGUUCGCAGAGCGCAGGAGAAUAAAGACGCUGUUUCAAGGACAAUGGAUACCAGAAAUGCGAUGUCAACAGAAUUGAAACGGAGAGUUUUGAGAGUCAGCAAGAGACCAUGA